GGUUUUAUGCUAAUAAUUAUUUUGAGUAAUUACCAAUAGUGUUCACUGCCUUUAAAAGAGCAAGUCUCCUGCGACUUAAAUAGGAUAUUACCCGAGGUGCACGCCAUUCGUAUCCACGAAUAGCGUAUCACAGAGGGCAUUAAUUAUGCCACACCUGUUGUUUAUUGUUAAAAUCGCUCCAUUAUUUUGCACGAAUGGCGCGAUAUCGUUUAAUUUUAAAGUCAAAUUGUAUUACAAAAGCUUGCAGUCACUCCAGUGAACACCACUCUGGUGGUGCGUGAACACGGUACAGGGAAAACGCUCGUUCCUUCGACAGUGGCAUCAUGGAUCGAAGCGAAAGUGACUGCGUAGGUUGUUGUUCCCGACUCGAAAGUUUGAAAGACGAAAACAAAAUGGAAAAUGGAUCUGCAAAUCAGACUGAAGAGUCUUCUCUCAUCUUAGCAACAUCAUCACCUGUCACUCAUAGCAAGAGCCAAUCAGCAAACAGUAUCAAAGAAACGUCACUCCCAAAGACUGAUGACAAGAAUGCACAGGAAACCAACUGCCAAUGGAAUGAGCCUCAAGUUGAAGGACCGCCCACAUCACGUGACAGUUAUCAGAACAAUGCAGACAUUGUUGAGGAUCCUGUCGGAAACGAGAGAAAGAAAAAACCUAAAAUAACUUUUGAUCAAAAAUUGAUCCUUUUUGCCAUCACCAUAGCAUCAAUUGCAAACUUCAUGUCGUUCUCCAUUCUGGUUGUCUUCUUCCCAAUAGAGGCCAAGGCCAAAGGAAUGUCACAAACAGUUAUCGGGCUGGUUUCCACCAUUUAUGCUCUCUCAUCCAGUGUAUUUUCACCAAUUUUUGGAAAGUUUCUACCUUUAAUUGGAGCUCGGUUUAUGUUUCUGGCUGGCUCCUUUAUGGCUGGUGGAUCCAACAUUCUCUUUGGUUUGCUUGGCGACAUGCCGACUGAUACUUCAUUUACAGUCUACUGUUUCCUGCUACGGAUUGUUGAAGGUUUGGGAGCGGCUGCGAGUCUGACGUCAUCAUCCGCCAUAUUGGCUCAUACGUUCCCUGAUAAUGUGGGAACGGUUGUGAGUAUUAAUGAGAUGAUGAUUGGGAUAGGGUUCGCAGUUGGGCCAGCUCUCGGAGGUUUGUUAUACAAUGCCGGAGGUUUUGGACUUCCCUUUUAUGUUCUCGGAGGCUUUGAUUUAUUGAUCGUUGCCCUCAACUUGUUCACAAUGCCCCAGCCAGGUUGUAAAACUGAGGAGAUGGGUUCAUUAAAGCAAGUCUUAACCAUUCCAGCGAUAUGGCUUUUAUUGAUUGUAUCUACACUUGGGUCAGUUGCUGUUGGGGUUAUUGACCCCACUUUGUCACUUCAUCUUAAAGAGCUUCAUUUUGAUGUGGUUGAAAUCAGCUUAAUUUUCACUGUAUUUGGUGCAGUGUAUGGAUUAACUUCUUUUGUGUGGGGCUACAUUGCAGAUAAAAUGAAAUCAACCAGGAUCAUGCUUGCACUUGGAGCGUUUGGUUGUGCGAUAUUUUUCCUUUUCAUCGGACCAUCCCCACUUCUAAAUAUAACUCCGCAGAAGUACCUCGCUAGUAUCGCAAUAGCUCUGGGAGCUUCCUCCAUUGCAUUAUUUGUUAUACCUACACUGGUUGAUAUGUUCAUUACGGCUGAAUGGUAUGGACUAUCCCAAGGUUUGGGAGACACAAGUGUUAUAUCAGGACUUUGGGUCUCAGCAUUCGCAAUAGGAACAAUGCUUGGUCCACUCCUAGGGGGCGUAUUAACCGACCAUCUUGGAUUUGACAAUGCAGGGACAGUCCUUGCCGGUGUUUACAUAGCAACCAUGCUCGUGAUAUGUUUCUUUGGACUGUGGGAAUUCCGCUGUGGAAAGGGGAGGCGUGUACCCCCGACACGUCUACACGUAGAUGUAGAAUCAGAGACAGUGCUACUCACCAGUUAAGCGGGAGGAUCUUCAGCCGAUCAACAUCUUCUCGGGGAAACUCUGAUGGUUGUCUUCCACGUAUCCCGGUCCAGAAUCAGCGUCCUAAGCUCAGGUGUUUCUUGAUGUGCUCGUCUUUCUUCAGCUGAUCUAGGAUUGUUUUCUCCUCAUGCCGUUGCUUCUGUUUCCAUCAACGGGUUCAAAAACAAACACCCCAACAUAUAAACAAACCCCAAGGGACAGUCAGCCCGACAAACAUACCCCCCCCCCCCCGCCAUUAGACACCACAACAAACACCCC